GAAGUCCAUGUUCUAAAUGGUCAGUCCUACCAUCCUUGUAACAGUGAGGGAUGGUGUGACCUUCCUGUGUGGAAUCCCGGGAAUACAGAGGACGGGGACAUCUCUCUGGUGGGUUCCCAUGACUGGAUCCAUCUAGAUCCUUGUGUCCUUCUAAAUACUCCCACUCCUCCAUGGAGAAAUAGACAGUGACACCCUGACACCUUAUAGGAACCUGACACACACAAUGAUACAGUCACCAUCCAGACACAUCCCUUGUCUGUUACUGGAGAAUGUCCCAGAAUUCCCGGCACCACUCACCUCUCCUGUCAGCAGCUCCAUCAUCUUCUUGGUGACUUCUAGAAUCUUCUGCAUGUUGUGUCUCCUCUCAGGGUUUAGGGAGUCACAUGGAGGCACUGUGAUGGUCAUAUGAUCACCUGACUUCAGAGGAGGAAAUCUCUGUAUUGAGGAACCAAU